AUGCGCUAUAUAGCUAUCUAUCUUUCUCCCUUUGAAAUCUCUCAUUCUCUUGCUUCUCUCUGCGUCUCUCUCGUGGGGUCAGAGGUUCAACCAGAGGCGAAAUGGGAAGGGAAACUCUCAGCCGAGCUCAAAAGCUCACCACCCCAAGAGGUCUGGCCUUUCCUAGGCGACUUCUGCAACAUGAAAAGAAUCUUCCCAGGCCUUGAGACCUGCUACCAGGUCGAGGGAGUUCCCGGCCAGCCGGGUCUGACCCGCUACUGCGCCGGACCGGCCAUCGACAACGAUGAGACCACCGUUAAAUGGGCGAAAGAGAAGCUGAUCUCGGUGGAUCCGAUCAAACGGUGCUUGAGCUACGAGAUUAUUGAGUCUAACAUGGGGUUCAGGUCGUAGGUUGGAACCAUGCAAGUGGUACCGAUGAACAACGAUGAAGGGUGCAUUAUCGAGUGGUCGUUUGUUUGCAAUCCGAUCGAAGGGAUGGGAUUCGAAGACUUCGGGUCUUUUUUGGAGUCUACUCUACAAGGGAUGGGAAAGCAGAUUGAAGAUGCCCUUCUGUCUGCUAACAGUGCUUCUGUGUGAUGAUUUACAUAUACG